CUUUCACUGACAAAUCCUAAAGACUCUGCAUAAAUUCCAGACUCGAAGCCAUCAUUGAUGAGGAAGUCAUGCGCACUGCAGGAUCUAUCAGGGUCAACAAUGCCGUCGCACCUCUCUACUACAACCGGUCUGAGCUACUGAGCACCGUUCUUGUCGCCAAGGUGACGGAGAGAGUCCGCACCACCAUCUUCGACGAGGCUGUGAUGACAGAGAUCAGAAACAGGAUAAAGGCGCAGAUCAACGCAGCCUUGCUGGAAGAUCUUGAGGAAUUCCAGAAACAGCAGACCGAGGCCCUCAAGCAGCAUCUCGAAGGCGAAACGACUGGUCAGUGAAUGAGACUGGCACGCGAUCAUCAUCGAAAGCCGGCACAUGGGCAUCUAGUUCAGAUUUUCAGGCAGGUUUUGAGAUGGGGAACAAGAUGAUAUUCACCGACGAAAAGGCCACACUCAUUCUUUUUCCAUUCCAACCACACCUUGAUCGUUCUUUUCUCCUUAUUAUAUGAGACAGAAAAGCGCAUCUA